AUGCGAAAACGUCUGAUCCAGGUAAGCGGCUUCCUGAUUUCCACGCUAGGCUGGCUCUUUGUGCUUUGCACCAUGGCCAUGGACUUCUGGAGAAUCACACAGCUUGGAGGCCAGGGAGGCUCCUUCAUCAUUAAGGUGGCUUGGUAUUGGUCCAACCUAUGGAAGGACUGCUUCACCGACUCCACCGCCGUCACCAACUGCAGAGACUUUCCCGUGCUGUGGAGUGUUACGCCGUAUGUCCAGGGUGUGCGUGGCUUGCUGAUGUGCGGGCUGACUCUGGGUUUCCUGGCCGCCAUUUUGUGCUUCCUGGGGAUGGAGUGCACCUACUUGGGUGGAAAGCAAGAGAGCAAGGACAAAAUGCUUUUCGCAGGCGCCGUCUUUCAUUUCGUGGGUGGAAUGUCUGAUAUCGCGGCUUACUGCUUGUAUAUCAACAGGGUUGCCAGAAACACCUUUGCUCCCAUCUUAGCACCUGGACUCUUACGGUAUGAUUUAGGCCCUCCCAUAUUUCUGGGAUUGGUCGGAAGUUUUUUCAUCAUUAUAGGAGCUCUCUUUUAUGCAGCGACUGUGCUCAGAGUCCUUAUACCCAAAAGUCAAGUGAUUUACGUCGACGGAGCGGGCACAUACAUGGACCCUCGUUUGCGAGGAAGAAGCAUGUAUACGGGCUACUACGGACCCAACAGGCUAUAUGGAACUUACUACGGCUCGGGAAGAUCAAGCAGCUCCAAAAUAUCCAAAAUCUCUGCCACAACACCAGAGAGGUUUUCUCAAAGGGAUGCGUUUGUCUAA